UUUAAGUCAAAAUAGGUGAACGAUAAAAAAAGCUGCUUUUUUGCAAAAAACUUACCAUCUAUGGCCUGAACUUCAGUCCAUAGAUGGUACAUUUUUUCAGCUAAUUUUAGUUCAAAUUUUACUUCAGAAGCAGCCAUUAUUUUGAGUUUUUUGAUUUGAAGCAGUUGCAAAAACAAAUAUUAUUCUGCACAAAAUGCGUCUAUCUUCUCUGUUUAUUUUGAUUUUUGGUUCCAAAUUAUGUCUGUCCUCGUCACUAGAGGAGCCUUUUCUGUUGCCGUUUGGACCAGAACAUGGCGACACUUUCAAUACCAAAUCGCUUGCAGGGUGUUCUGCACAACAAAACCUAAGCUAUUCAUUCCAGUUCGGCCAGGCUAAUUACUCCAAGUUGUUUGUGUGCAUGAAUGGAUACAUGUCGCUUGAUCAAUCUGUCAUAAAAUAUGAUCCGGAUGAUAUGGACGAUUCAACAGUUCCAUUGAUCGUCCCAUUCUUCAGUCUCAUGCAGACUAAUGACAAUUUUUACGAUAGAAUGUGUGAGUUUGAAGACCACUACGUCGACAACUACUUCGAAUUAGUCUGCUCACUUCGAAACAAGUGGAAUCAAAAUGGAACAAACGAGAGCUUUUCGUUAAGUUUUAAUCAAUACUUCGUCACAGACUUCGACAUUCGAAACAGCGUAACCAGUUGGGUGGAGAAAACAUUCUACAAUAGCGUGUUUGACUUGCAGUACGACGACGAAGUAGCUCUGAAAGUUUUUGGAGAAGAUACAACUAAAUAUGUAAACCUUGCUAACAAUAUCCUGAAACGAGAGAUGAAUGAAUCUGAUCGGCGCAUAACUCAAGCACUGGUUCGCAGAUCGAUUCCUGAUUUUCAAGCGGAGUGGGGUUACGUUGCCACUUGGUAUAAGGUCGGCAGAUACAGUAACAGGAUUGACGCAUUCAACAGCUUCCAAGUAAUGAUUGUUUGUGGAUCUGCUUUGGGCUACAAGCGUUGUUUCUCCAUUUUCGACUUCUUCGAGCUUCAGUGGGCUUCUUAUUGGUGGCAAGUUAAUUUCGCCAGAAGUGGCUUUGUGGAUGGACAUGGAUCGGUGAUUGAUCUUCCAUUUUCCGGAACAGCCGAAGUCGAAAACCUCUGGGCCUAUUCAAACAUAGACCAUGAUGAGCACUACGGUAUUUGGAUAUUUGAACUUAAUCAAGUUCCCAACGACGGUCGGCCUUUUGUGUUUACCGCACACAAAUCGGUCGCAGGUGGCUCGGAUUUAGCUACUAUAAACUGCUUUGGCCCAAUUGAACCCGAAAUUGCGAAUAAGUCAGUGCGAACCAAGUUUUCAAUUUCAAACUGCUACUUGCCAAAGAACAGUAAAAUUAAGUUGGAGAUUGAUGGGACUAGCGAAAGCGGUCUCCUGCAAGAGUAUGUAGUCACACAUAACCCUGAAAAUUCUUCAGUUCAAGCUGAAAUUACUUGGCAUUCUGCCGGGCCCUCUGUGAUAUCCAUAAACAUUGAUGGAAUAACAAUUCCAGGACGCUUUCCUGUCUUUUUCGUGGAACCAUCGGUACUUGACAGUGUACACGAAAUAUCAAUCAGUGCGGACGAACUAAUGCAAGUGAUCACUUUGGAUUUCAGUCAGUGCGGGUCAACCAAUCGUAACGUUACCGGAACCUUCAUAAAAGACCAACCAGGCACAGAGGUGUCCGUUACAACGAUUAAGCUUGAAAUCCCCGAGGAUUCGUCCAUUGUAACCCACGAAAUAGAAGACGACGGCUUCGGCGGAACAAUACAGUUUCGCACUGAUGACGGUCGUUGCUAUUCCAUACCCAUCGAAAGACAGCGAGGUACUUCUGCCAGCAGUUGUACCGAUUGGGACCGUUCUGAAUCCGAAAACGACUACACUGUUUGCGAAAAAGACAUCGCAAAAUGGCAUGGUUGUCCAAGACAAACUAAUGGCAGUCAAAUUAUGGCUAAUGAUUCAUUCUGGGCCGAUUUGGAAGCAUCCGGGCAGCUAAUGAAUGGCUGGGAAUACGACAUCUGCUGUGGAAAAAAUCAAGACGAAAUUCGUGAAAAAUUGAAUCUGGUUCACUACUGCUCAAAACAAGAGUGCACCUACAACCCUGGGGCAGAUUUUUGCAUCAGGUCUCCGCGAUUGGCUUGUAGAGCAACUAUUGGCGGCAAGAAGAAGCCUCUUUUGGUUUCUAAUCAGUGCUGUUACGCUAGCGGUACGCUCCUAACUGACGCAAACCCAUACUCAGCGGGAAGAAUGCAUUUGGAGGUUAAUUCUAUGGACAAUCUGCCAGGUCACUACUGGAAUGAUUUGUACCCAUACUCCCAAUGUUGCACUGGAACACCUCCAAACAGUGCAAAUUGUCUGGACAUAUUUAAGAAGCAUAGAAAAACAAUAAUCGGCAACUACAUGCCAAGAAACUUCAGAAUUAAUCGGGGCGAUCCUGAUAUUCAAACUGUUGACGGCAGAAGUUAUCCUUUCAUGGGUAUCGGUGUUUACACAAUGAUCAAAACUUGGCACGAGAAUCCGACUAUAAUUCAAGCAAGCAUGCGGAAGAUGGAAAGAGGUACAGUGUUUUCUGGUAUUGUCGCCAAGCACAAAAACUCCAAUUUUCAAUGUCAUAUUCACGAAAACGGAAACUUCAUUCUUGCGGUUAAUGGGCAGAUUCGAGAGCGUGGUCUUUUAAAUGAGUACAUUUUGGGUGAUAUUCUUGUUCAAGAACAAAACAGUCAGAACAUCGUAAUUACAUUUCUGGACACCAACCUAGUUGUUCGUGUGACAGUGGUCAACAACCUCCUAAACCUGAUGAUUGCUGUACCGCCUUCUUUCAAAUUCAACUCAACUGGAUUGAUGGGUUUUUUCGAUGGAGACAUGCACAAUGACUUCCAAGCAUUCAAUGGAACAACUUAUGAUCCCGAAACCGACCUACAGAUACUCCAUUGGCACUUUGGAGAGUCCUGGAAAGUUUCACGCGGAGAUUGGCUAUUUUCAGUGCCUGAAAUUCGUGUUUUGAUUGAGCGAGAAAUUGAACGGUCGAGCAAUUUCGAACCUUCAUAUGAAAUUGAGUUUGCAGAUGAAAAUCUUGAACAACAGGCUGCUCAGGUAUGCAAAAAUGACACGGCAUGUAUUCGCGAUGUCUCCCUAGUAGGAGACAUCGGCAUAGCUGACGCGUUCCUCGUUAUCGAAGAAAACAUUCUAAGUGCAGAAAUUUCAUCCGAGAUUUAUGACAUAAACGAGAAAUUCUUCUUUGAAGAAAUCACUGUCGUACCAGAAGAGCAGACAACUUCUCCUGAACUGAAACCGAAUACAAGCAACAACAACAAUAAAGACGAAAGCAGACCAUGGAUUUUCAUUAUUAUCGCACUCAUUUGUUUUUUCAUUGCAGUGAUAGUUAUUAUCACUUUGAUAGGUUUUCGAUAUCUCAAACCUGUCAACAAGUUUGAAUUGCCAAAAACACCUGCAGAUGCGUGCCUGAACGAUGUCAGUUCGGAGCGUUGAAAAAAUUGAACUCAAACUACAAAAACGUCAACUUCAAAAAGAAACUAAAAACUUUUCUAAUUAUUACAUCGGAUUUCCGCACAAAAAUUUGUACAUAGAUGCAUGUAUGCUGUAUUAUAACGCUUUCAUAAAUAUAUAUAGUUUU